AUGGAUCGUUCAUGCAGCCAACUGGAACCUUCGGAUCACGAAAAACGCCCGGCUCGAAACUUGAAGGGUCAUGAUUCAGAGGAACGAGACUCUGAAGACCUCGACCUCAACAAGGUCCCUGAGAUCAUACAAGGUCUCGACGCAUCAUUACUCCAAGGCGAAAUUUCCGCCCAAAAGGCGAUAGACGCGGUCGAAGCGAAAGGAGAGCACAUCGCGCGUGGACACAGUGGGUCAGUCCAGAAGGUCAAAUUUCGCACGCAAUGGCUCGCCCGCAAGACGAUCUGGCUUUCAAUAGAAGAUAACCAUAAGGCAUACAGUAAAGAGAUCGAAUGUCUCGAGAAGCUGCGGCGCGAUCCGCACUGGCAUGUUAUACAGAUGCGUGGCCAUUACAUCCAUCCUGCCAACGAAGGCCAUCUGCUUCUGUCUCCCCUGGCCGAUUGCUCUCUUGAGCAAUUCGUGGUUAGGCCCCUCACAGUGAGAGAUCGGCUGGUGAUGCAGCGAUGGUUUGGCUGCCUUUCAGCAGGACUCAAAUACAUCCAUGGCCACCGAAUCAAGCACAAGGACAUCAAGCUGGACAAUAUCUUGGUGCAUGGAGAGAACGUCGUCAUUACGGACUUCGGCAUAGCACACUCUUUUCCCGGCACAAGCCCGUCCAAGGGCCAGUCCUUUGGAGCUUGGUUAUACCAAGCACCCGAGGUCAUCAAAGGUGCUCGCCGUGGCCGGUCGCAGGACGUUUGGUCCCUGAUCUGCUGUUUUAUCGAAAUGGCUUCGGAGCUUUUCGGUGGUGGCAGGACUGAGCUUCGUACAUGGUGCAGAGCCGAGGACGGCUGGCGUUUCAAUUUCAGUGAAGAUCACAGGAGGGUUGAACUUUGGUUGAGGGACCUCCUUGCUCGAUCAAAGGCAAAGGAACAGCGUGCACUCCUCAACUUGCUUCUUCAGGAAUUCGAGCGUGAGGAGGCGAAGCGGCCAUCUGCCAGCGAUCUCUUGGACAAGCUGCAAGACAUGCGUUCUUUUGUUGGAGAAUGUUGUGUGAUGCCUGAUUCUGCUCGUGAAUCAGCAGUUGGACAGCCACCGCCAUUUCUGUCCCAGAAGGGCUCGAAAGAAACCGCGCGAGAAACCGCACCGGAACCUGUUGUAGCAUUUAUCAACACUUUCCGCAAAAUGGUGUCGACUCAGCGACAGCCGCCUUCAAUCCAAGCAGGCGUGGACAGGCUAACAGCUGAGGCGGAGCGUCAACAGGUUCGGAGCUUGCGGUCUGUCGAGACGAAGCUGUUGUUUUACAUUCUCCCGGUUAAAUGCAACUCAGCGGACGAGUAUCUCACACUUUGCAAGGUCUUCGUCGACUAA